GUUUUCUUACCCCGCGACAACCCCAGAUUUCGUCAUUGACGCGACUGCACCUUCGAAGCCGCAGCUUCAGAGCAUUAUUGAUGGACCUUUGCAUGUUUAGAGUGUUUAUUUUACCUUCCGGGAUUGUUUAGUUCUCAGUCAGGCUUUGCAAUCGCUGCCAGCCUGAUAUCAUGAAAGGCUGCUCAUACUGUCACCGAACGUUCCACAAGACAGAGCAUCUUCUCCGGCACGAGCGCUCUCAUACAGGGGAGAAGCCAUAUCGAUGUGAUACAUGCGGUCGCGGCUAUGCACGGAGCGAUGUCCUCCUCCGCCAUGUCAGAUACUUCCAUCCAAACAGUGACGCCUCACAAAGAGAGCGCCGAAGAUCCGAUGUCUCAACGAACGAGAAAAGCCGACAGCGCCGACAAAGUGUACUGGCCGAUUCCAUAAAUGUGUGUUCUAUACCGCCACCGGAGCCAGAACAAGGCUCAGAAGCGGACAACGAUCAUCAGGAGCAUGAAAACAACCGCAUACGCGAUCAUGGGCAGCCACAACAGCAGGAGGAUGCCUCUAUCACCGUCGAUAAUUCGAUGGCGCAAUUCUCGACGUCUGACCUCGAUGCGUUGGCGACGGUCUCCAUGCUCCAAGCUCUCCACGAACAACCGACCGAAUCAGCCAAAUUAAACCUACAAGACCCUUUCGAUCCUGAGCAGCGACCUACGAAUCCAUCUCCAGCUGCAGGCCAUCAUGAUAAUGAACUAUCACCCCUGAGCUUCUCGCAUCAUAUGGUGGAGACAACAUUGGAGACCGCUACCCCAACCUUGUUCACCGCCAAUGCCGAGUUUCUUAGUCCUGGAGUGUCACUGAGUACCAGGGCAAAUGUCUUUUAUUCUCAUGCUGCUGCCUCAUCAGCUCCUUGGGGUAAUAAUGAAGCAUCCCUCACAUCGAUGAGCAACACAGAUCUGUUACAUUACGCUGGUGCUCUAGAGCUCUUACAACCUAACCUCAGUCAUCUGGACUUUCUUGACUUUAGUCUCAGCGAAACAUCACCAGGGGUACGUGGCUCGCAAGCCUCGAGUAACAGCAUCGAUCCUGUAAGCAGUAUCCCGCUCGAGCGCUUCGCGAGGGUUGCCGCACUAUGGCCUAGAAACCGGACCCAUUCCGCGAGUCAAAUUGCUUCGCAAGUCUGGGCGGACGUGGUGAACUAUCGGGGUGACGGUAUCUUCACAGAUGUCUCUAUUUCGCAGUCGUCGCCAAGCUCUACCAUAGGUACUGAGAAUGAAUCGAGAUGGGGAAUGGACGAAGAAAAGAGACAGGAUCUCAUCCGCGAGUUCGGUUCACCUGGUUCCAGCGUUGACUUUCUACCGGCGCGGCUACUAAAUCUCGGUCUCACCAUCGCCUUUCGACAGCCUCAUUCUCUCGUCCCGUUUAUACACCAACCGACGUUCUCAGCCAAGUCGGCAUCUAAUUCAGUCGUAUUCUCGUUAUGCCUUCUUGGCCUGGUUAUUCUUGACUCCUCAUUUGUGAAACCCUUCACGCAACACUACCUGCCAGCAGCAACAGAGCAGUGCUGUUCUCAAUUAGCGACAGCAUCGUUUGGUCCAGAGGGGUCUGCACAGCUUAUCGAGCGCCUUGCAUCAGCGGCUUUGCUUCUGAUGGCUUGGUCAAUAAGCUCACCACAUCGGGUUCAAAUGUCAGGAUUACUGAUGCCACGUCCCGCUUCGUUCAGUAUAGACAAUCUACUCAAUCAGGCGAACUCGGUUAGACUUGUUCAUGAUCCAGCGCAGAGCGAUGACUGGGCGUGGAAGGCAUGGGCUCGAACAGAGAGCUUCAAGAGAUUAAUAUCGACGCUGAUCAUGAUUGACGCCUGGUGGGCUUCUAGACUCAACACGGAGCCACUCAUCUGUACUUCCGUGGUGCAAUUGGAGAUGUCGACAUCGAUUGACCUGUAUCGGUCCUCAUCAGCCAAGUCAUGGAGGAGUUGUCGUAAUGCUGGCACAAGUGCAACUACAGACCCUGUCGUAAUACGAAUGCAUGACCCAUCCAUCACUUUAAAGCCGCUUCAAGAGACUUCGCCGAUUGGAAUGACUGGCUUGUUGUCUGUCAUCUGGGCGCGGAUUCUUCAACAUCAGCAUCAAACAAGAGGAGCUAGGCUACCGGAAGAUGGCAAUGGAGAGCAGCCAACCGCAAGUGUUGAUGCUUCGAGUGAGACGGGUAACAACAUGUUGCGUGUGCUGGGCGAUAUCUACACAAACUACUCAAGGUUUCUUCGGUAUAGGAACCCCAACUGUAUCGCACAGUGGCACUUCCUGAACCUCAACCUACUGGCCAACCUUGAGAUCUUCGAAAUGGCCUCUGGUCGCAACGGAGCUGAGAGCGCAUACGCUGCAUUGCAAGAGAUCGCCAAUUGGAGUCAGACCCAGCAUGCACGACGAGCUUGUCUCCACGCAGCAGGAAUCUACAUCGCCAUGAGCCGCAGGCGUGCGAACGAUGGCGUCAUGCUCCAUUCCGACAUGUCCUUAUUCACAGCUGCGCUUGUACUAGGACUCUCUGUGUUUAUGAUGAAGCCGAACGAGGUGCAUAGUGACUCUGACACAGAGUCAUUUGAGUUACUCAACGAUAUUGACUGGACUAAUCUAUGUGAUCCAAUGUCAGCAGUAGAUAUUGCCGGGGAUACUAGUGCCAGUCAGUUUAUACAGAAUGGAGGAAGUAUUAGCUUCUCCGGAACAGUUUGUGAAGCGGGAUAUAAUGCUGCCAAGAUGAUCUUGCUCGAGUUUGCGAGCUUACUAGAAGAGGUUGGGAAGUGGAAUGCGAAAGAACUGUGCCACAUACUCCGGAUAAUGAGCGACUCUCUGAUCGAAGUCGACGACCGAUUGGGCGGUGAUUGACCUGAAGCGCUCAGAGCUUUUAUAUGUACAAGUAGCCUCGAACAGACAUAGAGUAUUAUCACUAGAUAAGGUACUAUUCAUACGCGAGAACCUACAUGCGAACAAGGUUAUUAAAUACAAAUAC